AGACCUCCAAGGUCCCUUCCAACUCUUGUUAUUCUGUCAUUCUGUAAGGAUCUCCUGCCUGAGGAGGGGGCUGGACUAGAAGACCUCCAAGGUCCCUUCCAACUCUUGUUAUUCUGUCAUUCUGUAAGGAUCUCCUGCCUGAGGAGGGGGCUGGACUAGAAGACCUCUGAGGUCCCUUCCAACUCUUGUUAUUCUGUAAGGAUCUCCUGCCUGAGGAGGGGGCUGGACUAGAAGACCUCCGAGGUCCCUUCCAGGUCUAUUCUGAUGAAACUCGGGAACAGGUCGGGGGAGGGGAGGGGCUGUUGGAAGAUGCCCGGGGGUCGCAGCUCGGAUGGCCUGCAGGUGCGGAGCGUUACUCUCGAGGAAGCCAACCAGGGGCUUCCAAAAUGCAGAAGCCUCUCCCCCCCACCCUUCCCAAAGUUGGGACCACCCCUCUUUUACGCCCCUCUGCAAAAGAGACGAAGCGGGGCGAGACCACCCACCAGGCAUGCAAUAAGGGGCGGGGGGGGGACUUUCCUCCGCCUCCCCCCACUAAGCCCCGCCCAUAGAAUCCCCGGUUGCCCCGGCGACGGGACGCGCAUCGGAGGAAGGACCAGCAUGGCCAAGAACAAGAACGCAAACCAUAAAGGACCAUACGGUUGCCAAAAGCUGAAAGAACGGGAACCCCGAGCUUCCAUCCGAUUCAAGUGUGCCCUCACCAACACCAUCUUAGAUGUCCUUCAGCAGAGACCCGGAUGGGUGGAAGUGAAAGACGAGGGCGAGUGGGACUUCUACUGGUGCGACGUCCGCUGGCUGCAGGAGAACUUUGACCACACCUACAUGGACGAGCAUGUCCGCAUCAGCCACUUCCGCAACCAUUACGAGCUGACUCGGAAGAACUACACCGUCAAAAACUUGAAGCGCCUCCGGAAACAGCUGGAGAGGGACUCCGGGAAGCUGGAGGCCAUGAAGUGCGACUUCUUCCCCAAGACCUUCGAGAUGCCGUCCGAGUAUCACCUGUUUGUGGAGGAGUUUCGGAAGAAUCCCGGCAUCACCUGGAUCAUGAAACCGGUUGCCCGAUCUCAAGGGAGAGGCAUUUUUCUCUUCCGGAAACUCAAGGAUGUGAUUGAUUGGAGGAAGGAUGCCGUGCGCCCCGAUGAUCAGAAAGACGACAUUCCGGUGGAGAAUUACGUUGCUCAGCGUUAUAUCGAGAACCCGUACCUAAUAGGGGGUCGGAAAUUCGACUUACGGGUCUACGUUUUGGUAAUGUCGUAUCUCCCUCUCAAAGCAUGGCUUUACCGAGACGGUUUUGCUCGCUUCUCCAACACGCGGUUCACCUUGAACACCCUGGAUGACCAGUACAUUCACCUAACCAACGUAGCUGUGCAGAAGACGGCCCCCGACUAUGAUCCAGAGAAAGGCUGUAAAUGGAUGAUCCAGCAAUUCCGCCUUUACCUGACGGCCAAGCACGGGGCCGAAGCCGUGGAGAUGCUCUUCUCCGAGAUGGACAACAUUUUCAUCAAGAGCCUCCAGAGCGUCCAGAAAGUCAUCAUCAGCGACAAGCAUUGCUUUGAGCUCUACGGCUACGACAUCCUGAUCGACCAGAACCUCAAGCCGUGGCUCUUAGAGGUCAAUGCCUCCCCUUCUCUCACCGCUAGCAGCCAGGAAGACCACGACCUCAAGACACGCAUCUUGGAAGACACCUUGAACAUUGUGGACAUGGAAGGCCGUUUGACAGGGAAGGAAAAACGUGUUGGGGGCUUUGAUCUCAUGUGGAACGACGGCCCCAUCAGCAGAGAAGACGCAAACCUGGACACGCCGAUGAACGGCUUCGUGUCGAACACCCACCUAGGUUACAGCAAUGACAGAAAGAAACAGCUGAAGCAGCUUUUCAAGUCGAUCCAGGCUCAGCAAAAAAUUUAAUGCCCAGCCAGAAGGUGGCUGGAUUUUUAAAAAACAAAACAAAAAAAGAACACCACCCCCUGAAGCCGGACAAGGGAUGGGAGGGUGGGGGAGCUCCCUGCUUUACAGAGCUAAACCAGGAACCGUUUCCACGAUUCCUGCCUUCACCUGGAUGUCUCUUUAUUUCGUCACCAUCCUUCAACCUUGGAGGAGUUUCGACGGGCAGGCUGAUCACGGGCACCGAAGGGCUCUGAAGAUGGACGGGACAGCAAGUUAUCUCCAUGGCACAGAUUCCGGAGACAGACUGGCUGCGAAAGAUGUUGGCUCUGCCCAGGGGCAGAAUUGCCGCCCGCUGGCACUGAAGCUGGGCAGAAAGAGGCAAUCUUAACACAAGGACACUUCUACCCAUGCAGAUUCCAAUUCAAAUCCUUUGGAACGAGCGGGAUUCAUAAAAAGAACACCUUUGCACUACAAAGCAUUCGGAAACCUUCUUGUGAUCUUAACGGCAAAUAUUAUUUGGCAAUUGUGGGGUCCUUAAGUGUUCUCAGAGCCAGAUUUUUUUUUUAUUAUUUGCAUUUAUAUCCCACCCUUCUCCAAAAACUCAGGGCGGCUUACACUGUGCUAAGCAAUAGUCUUCAUCCAUUUGUAUAUUAUAUACAAAGUCAACUUUUAUUGCCCCCAACAAUCUGGGUCCUCAUUUUACCUACCUUAUAAAGGAUGGAAGGCUGAGUCAACCUUGGGCCUGGUGGGACUUGAACCUGCAGUAGUUGCCAGCAGCUGUGUUAAUAACAGACUGUCUUAACAGUCUGAGCCACCAGAGGCCCGAGCCACCAGAGGGUUGUUCUCUUGCAGACGUUUCCUUACCACGCUAGGUAUCAUCAUCAGGGGUACAAAGGAGUGGGAUUUGUGUAGUGGAGGAGGAAGACGACAACAACAGGGCCUUGGUGCUCUCUGAUCUUGGUUGUUUUCUUGCAGAUGUUUCAUGACCCAACUAGGGAGCAUCAUCACUGCUAGGAGGGAGUGGAGUUGGAGGAGGAGGAGGAGGAGGAAGGCAGGAGAGGAAAAGAAGGAUGAGAGGGAGGGGGAAGAAGCAGGAGGAAGAGAAGAAGGAACUGGAGGAGGAGGAGGGGGACUGUGGGGUCCUUGAUGCCCUCUGAGCUUGGUUGAUUUCCUGCAGACGUUUCAUGACCCAACUAGGGAACAUCAACGGUACUAGAAGGAAGUGGAGGAGGAGGAGGAGGAAGGCAGGAGAGGAAAGGGAGGAUGAGAGGGAGGGGGAAGAAGGAGGAGGAGGAGGAGGACUGUAGUUCCUGGGUGGUCGCUGAACUUGGUUGCCUUUUGGAAGUCGUUUCAUGACCCAACUAGGGAGCAUCAUCAGUGCUAGAAACGGGAGGACCGUAGGGUCCUUGGUGCGCUCUGAGCUUGGUUGUUUUCUUGCAGAUGUUUCAUGACCCAACUAGGGAACAUCAUCAGUGCUAGAAGGUAGUGGGGUUUGUAGGGAGGAGGAGGAAGAGGAGUGGUGGAGGAGGAGAAGAGGACAAUGACAACUGAGGGGUCCUUUAUAUUCUCUUGAGUAUGAUUGUUUUCUUGCAAGCAUUUCAUGACCCAACUAGCUAACGUCAUCAGUGCUAAAAGGGAGUGUGGUUUGAGGAGGAAGAGGAGGACUGUGGGUUCCUUGAUGCCCUCUGAGCUUGGUUGAUUUCUUGCAGACGUUUCAUGACCCAACUAGGUAACAUCAACGGUACUAGAAGGGAGUGGAGAAGGAGGAGGAGGAAGGCAGGAGAGGAAAGGGAGGAUGAGAGGGAGGGGGAAGAAGAAGGAGGAA